GGGAGGGAGUUAAAAGUCUUCCGCAUUGAGUAUGCAUCAAAAAAUACUAAAGAAAUGGUCUAAAGGACUGGGCUUUUAACAGUGUCCCAGAAAGUUCUCUCCUUGUUCCUAUACCGGCUGAGCAUGGGUCGAAAAGGGAGGCGCUAAUGGAAGGGGAGGCGUUGUUGUGUGUGUGUGUGUGUGUGUGUGUGUGUGUGUGUGUGUUGGGGAGUCAGCUGAGAGACUGAACGCUACAUGCCUUCAACGGGAAGAUUGGCCUGCGGGGAGCAAGCAGUGAUUGUAAGGCUGUCGCACAAAACACUCUCUCAACGUCGUUUGGGUGAGCAGGCAGACAACGCUUCCCGAAAGCGAAGCACCGACUCUGGGGUUCUUUCUGCACCUUUGAAUGUGAUAUUUUGGAGGUAAAAAUCUGAGAAAAUGGCUGUAGCUGAAUGUCCAGAUUAUUUCCAUCAUCACCCAAAAUAUCAGCAGGAUAAAGUAGACCGAACUCCUAGUCACAGACCAGCAGAUCUAAUUGGGUCAAGUUUCCAGCCAACAGCCAAUCGGAACUCUCCCAACCACCAAGAAGAUGAUGUGGAUCUGGAGGCGCUGGUCAAUGAUAUGAACUCUUCGUUUGAGAACCUCUACUCCAGCGUGCAGUGUGAGUCAACCCCGCUGCUGCACAACGGGCAGCUACACCGGCUUGGUGAGACGCACGCCCCCACGCACGCCCCCAACCUCGGCCAGCAAACCUCACCCCACCACAGGCUGCACCGCUCCCAACCCAUGCACAUCCUCGCUGUCAGGAGGCUGCAGGAGCAGCAGUACCGGACCUCCUCUUUGCCAGCCAUCCCUAACCCCUUCCCCGAGCUCUGCAGUCCGGCUGGCUCACCCACCCUCUGUCCAGGCUCCCUACCACCCAGCGAACCCUCGGACAAAUCCAUCGUUAAGGUGUUCAGCGAGGACUGCAUAGGCAAAGUGGUGGAGAUCCCCGCGGAAAUGACGGCACGCGACCUCUGCCAGCUCCUGGUAUACAAGAGCCACUGCGUGGACGACAACAGCUGGGCCUUGGUGGAGCAUCACCCUGCCAUGGGGCUAGAGAGAUGCUUGGAGGACCACGAAGUCGUGGUACAAGUUCAGGCUUCCAUGACCAGUGAGAGCAAGUUUCUCUUCAGGAAGAACUAUGCCAAAUAUGAAUUCUUCAAAAAUCCUUUGAACUUCUUCCCGGAGCAGAUGGUGGCCUGGUGUCAGGAGAGCAACAGCACCAUCCCGCCGUCCCACCUCCUGCAGAGCUUCUUGAACUCCAGCAGUUGUCCUGAGAUCCAGGGUCACUUGUACGUGAAGGAGAGCAGCAGGAAGGCCUGGAAGAAGCAGCACAUGUUUUUGAGACGCUCAGGAUUGUACGUAUCAACGAAAGGAGCGUCAAAGGAACCAAGGCAUUUGCAGUUACUCGCAGACCUGGAAGACAGCAAUAUCUUUACCGUAAUUGCGGGCAGGAGAAUCCUGAAUGCACCCACGGAAUACGGGUUCUGCAUCAAGCCCAAUAGGGUGCGAAGUGAACAAAAGGAACUGAGGAUGUUGUGUGCGGAGGACGAACAGAGCAGAACAUGCUGGAUGACUGCUUUCAGGCUGUUCAAGUAUGGAAUUCUCCUUUACCAGAACUACAAGAUCCCACAGCAGAGGAAGGCUUUGCUCUCCCACUUCUCAGCACCAGUGAGGAGCGUGUCGGAAAAUUCUCUGGUCGCCAUGGAUUUCUCAGGGAGGAUAGGUAGGGUGAUCGACAACCCUGUGGAGGCCCAGAGCGCCGCCCUGGAGGAGGGCCAUGCCUGGAGGAAGAGAAGUCAACGCAUGCACAAUCUGGGCAGUCCGAGUCCCUUGCACCCGUCGUCCUUAAGUGCAGUCAUUCACAAAACCCAGCUUUGGUUUCACGGCCGAAUCACACGGGAAGAAUCUCACAGGAUGAUUCACCAGCAGGGACAAGUGGACGGACUGUUUCUAUUGAGGGACAGCCAGAGUAACCCUAAGGCAUUUGUGCUUACACUGUGUCACCACCAGAAGAUCAAACACUUUCAGAUUUUACCAUGUGAAGAGGACGGCCAGAUGUUCUUCAGCCUUGACGACGGUGCCACCAAAUUCACGGACCUGAUCCAGCUGGUGGAGUUCUACCAGCUCAAUCGCGGAGUUCUACCUUGCAAACUCAAGCACCCCUGCACCAUUGUGGCCUUAUGAUCUCCAAACCCAGUUCCUUCUCGAACCGAACCAUCUGUUCUUGGAGAACCAACCAACGCUUCAUUAGUUCCAUGCGGAGCUGGGUAGGGACGGGGCUUCCACACGCAAGGACACUGCAGGGGAACCUUUGUGCUUCAGAGAUGACUGCAAACGGGACCAUGACGAAGCAACUGAAAGGAAGCGCUCAUGUCUUGGUCACCAAAACGCCUUUAUCCGCUGGUAAACUCGGGUGCAGUCAGCGUACGUAGGUAUUUCGUAGGGCUCUUCACCAGUGUAAGAGGCCCUGAUUCAGUCAUCCUGUUUGAGAUAAUCAGAAGCUCUUUUGUUUGGAAGAAUCCUUCACCUCUCCCAACGCUCAUGGUUUGUCAAAACACCUCACCACAAGUUCCCUUUGGCACCUGGUUUGUUUUUGUUUUUUGUUGUUGUUUUUGUUUUGACUCCAUGUUAAUAGGAAGGCAGAUUGCCUCAACCAGUGCCCAAAUGAUCCGUCACCGUUUUGUGCCAUAAUGAUAUCUGGAGCUCCCUCUACUGGCUGAAUGGAGUAAAUACCCUCUGCGGAAUUGGUGCAGGGACAGACAUCGGCAUCCAUUAGGAAGGACACCUUGAUGACGAAACCGAGCUCAGCGGGAAAGCUCCCCUGCAGGGAGGUCCUUACAGAUAUCUGUCAGGGGCGUGACUAAAAGACAGGAGUCUCCUGCGCUGCUGUCAACCUCGGGGUUUAUCACCUGUAUGAGUGACACUUUUUUUUUUUUUUUUUUUUUCUUUCUCGCUUUCCUUCAAUCCCCCCCCCCCCCCCCGCCCAACUCAGCUGCGGAACCUACCGGAGUGCGGGCAGUUCCGUUUCUCUGUUCUGCCUUAUUCAGCGGUAGCAGUAAACAGAUAGAUUUGUAGAAAUCGUUUUUUAAAGCGUAACACAACUUUUACUGAAGAGCCAUCUCUUAAUGAUUGCCUAUAACACAUUAAGCUAGAAAGGGAGGCAAAGCCGGGUGUCUACACGCUCAACCGAGUGACCAUUAUUACACACAAAAUGCAAAGGAUGCAAUCAGUUUUGAGUAUUGUUUCCACAAGUCUAUUUAUUUAUCUGGAUUGAAUGUUUACUUGAAAUUUAGUGAAUUUCUCAGCGCUGUUCAGUACUGUUUUUCUCUCCUUUUUUAUGAAUUUGAUGAGCCUCAUGUCUUUUAUUUGAUUUUAUUAAAGAUUUUUUUUAUACACCAUACAUCAUAACUUUUUACUUUUUCAUCUACUGUAGUAUUGUACUAUUACAUUGAACUUGUCUUCAUUACCAUUGAGUUCACAAAUAUUCAUCUACAUAUUCAUUUAAAGUGCUGUUUCGUCUCCGAAUGAGAUUUGGACACGAUUAGAUUAACGGCAGAACAAGACGACAGGGACAGGGAGACAGUGGCCCUGUUUUGUCUUGGGGGUUUUUUCGGGGGGGGGGGGGGGGUUCCUUCUUUGGCCGUCUGGGGACUUGCAGACGGUCACAGGUCUGGUCGGUAGACCAGAAAGAAAACGAACCGUUUGGACUUCGUUCUUUUUUUUUUUUUUUAGCACUUUGUAUUUCGGGCAUUCGAUACUAGAGACUGCGUGACCACCGUGGUCAAUAAGCACUUCCUCUACUUCCAAUCGCCACAAUCGCACUCAACGGCUAACGGUACACGUCUGUAGGAAAGCGGCAACGCCACGUUCUGUUAUUUCUCCAGAUCAAGGAGUAAACUGGCAUCGAAGUAACUGUUUACAUUAGCCAGUUGUCAGAUUUAGUGCAUUCUCUUUUUAAACACUAUUGCGACCCGAACAUUAUACGAAGGUAUGGUUGUUACUCUGGUCCUAAACGGUGAAUUCCUUAAAGUGGAGCACAAAGACCUUCUCCAUUAUGGUACAGGAGCUUGUUCAGAUCAUAGACAUUAGUGUAAAGUUUAUUUGAUUUAUGGAUUGUGUGAGCUCCCAGACCAAUCUAGUUUUGACUCUGCUUACAUGAAUGAGUUGGAUAUCUUGUACAAGGUGUUGCACGAUGGCUAGUUUGAAUUCCUAACUCUUUCAGUCAGUCCGAGUAUUUAGCUAUUGAUGUAUGCUCACUCUAUCCCAGAGUUGUUUUUGUUCCUAAAAAUCUUCUAUGAUCUGAAUUAGAACACUCAUUAAUAUGUCAGAUUGAACUCAAAUUCCUGAUUUGAGUACAUUUGUUUCAAAUUUAGCUUUAUCAUGUAAUAUGCAACUCAAUAACAAAUACAUACAGCUAGCUAUAUAAACAGCCUAUAGAUAUCACACUGUAUUUUAGGUUUCCAAUCACGAUGUUUUGACUAUUUUAAUUCAUAAUGGCUUACAAAAUGAAGAAACUUGACUUUGUACUUUUUUAUUAUUUAGUAGAGUGUUAAUAUUGUGUUUAAAUUUCUUGUCAUGUUAUAUGACCUUAAAGACCGCUUAAGUUUCAGUUAAGCUGGUAAAAAAACUGGAGGCCCAGGAGAACAAAAGUGGUCAAAGGUCACUUUUAAGCUAAAUUGAUGUUUUGUUUUGUUUUUUUGUUAGUCACUGAAUACACUUAUGAAAAUGCUAAUGAACUCAUGGAUACUCAGUACAGUGUUUUUUUUUUGGUUUUUUUUUGGUUUUUUUCCAUGAAUCAAAAUCUACACUUAAAGGCAUGGUGUCGGACAGAGCAAAUGUAUGCAAGUUUUCCACUCACCUCAAAUGUAUUUGAUCAGCCAGUUCCUGAUGCUAUUAUCGGCUGCUUUAGCUUCAUAAACACAGUGCAAAAUAAAAACACUAAAGCAAAGUUGUGGACACCAAAAACAUGGCUUGGCUGAUCAAAUACAUUUGAAAGGUCAAAAAUGAGAUUUUUCUUAAUGUUUUCUUUUAAAUUCUUAGCCUACUGUCCUGUUGUUCAGAUGAGCUGGUAACAUGACGUGUGUGAACCCUUGAGGGUAUAUCAGUGAAUUAAAUGUCAGUUUUUAUAUUUAAGAGAAAUGAAUGUAACUGGGUUGCUCAGGGUUGACAUGGAGUUCAAUGAGGCCCGGUCCCUUGGACCGCUAGUCUCUGUAGUUUCCCCUCUCUUUUCCUUUGACAACUUGUGGUGGUCUUUUCAUUGAGUUUCAGGAUAUACCAAACACUUCUAUACUUGUUUUGAAAAAGCUAUCAGUCAUAACACUCUACAAUGUAUUGAAACCUAUCGAGUCUUUUUAGUAUUUUAGUCCCAUUUAUGUCUUGAAGGCAAAAAUCUGGCAGGUGCCCGAAACACCACCCAGGAUCCCCCUUCUCAACAAGCCUCGCUCAGCGUCCCUUAAGUGAGACGUCCUCCGUCCGACAUAGCGACACGGGCGUCUGUAUGUGUCAGACUUCAGAUCUAGGACCGCUUUCUGCCUUUUCAUAUGCUAAUAAACACAAUUAUAUGGAGGAGGGCAGCUGUUCCUAGAUUUGAUUAGCAUAGUGGAGAUUAUUUUAAGAGCAGGAAAGGGUGACUUUGGCUUCAUUUGCAUGACUGAGGUCACAAUGCCCAGCAGAGAGCAGUGGGUCCUGGUGAGGUCACAAUUCCAAGGAAAGAAGCGCGUGAUUGUGAGGUCACAGUGCCCCAGCAGUGAGCACUGGGUGCCCCAGCAGUGAGCACAUGGUACUGGUGAGGCUUAGAGCCCUGAACUUCCAGAAUUUACCAGGAGCAAGACUUCACCGCACCACACAGACCUUUCCCCUAGUGACAAGAACGUAUGCGCUUUGCAUCUCCUGAGAGUGACUGUAUAUAUAAAUAUAUAUGAAUAUAUGUCUUUCAGGGAAAGCAAAAGCAAUGGAAAAAGAUCUUUCCUCUUUCAGAGAUCCCGUAUUGAUGUGCUUUUGCUUGGUUCUGUAAAUAGCUGAAUGGCUUACAUAUCCUAAUUGUAACCUUUUCAGGUAUUUUUGUACAGACAAGGGACUGCUAUAUUCUGUUUAUUGUAAUUAGAAUAAAACAUUAAUACAUUGCUAUAA